AGUGAAUUGUAUGCCGCCACGGAGCCACAAACAAAACGAAUUUUGUCGCGUUACCAGCAACAUCGUGAGCGCUCGCUUGGCCCCAAAAGAGAGAGAGAGAGAGAGUGCGAGCGAGAAUCCCAGCCGAUCCCAGGAAAGUAAGAUCCCGACGCAAUGAGCGCCGUCGAUGCCAUAAUUAACUACAAGCGCAGUCCCAACGAGGACUUUUACGCCCUGCUCCACUGCGAUGAGACCUCAUCGCCGGAGCAGAUCCAGGCGGAGUACAAGGUGCUGGCACUCCAGUACCAUCCCGACAAGAACAGCGGCGACAAGGAGGCCGAGGCCAAGUUCCAGAACCUAAAGGAGGCCAAGGAGACUCUUUGCGAUCCGGAGAAGCGGGCUGUAUACGACAAGUGGCGCAAUAGCGGCAUCUCGAUGAGCUACAAGCAGUGGCUGGGCAUGAAGGAGCAUGUCGGUCAGGUGAGAAGAUACACGAUUGCCGAGAAAGUGGAUAAAGAGUCGAUGCAUUGGGUCACCCCCAAGACCAAGGAUCGUAUGUUGCCGGAGACCGCAGAUGGACCUGGAACCGGACCGGGAGCUGGCGCUGGAGCCGGGGCUGGGUGCAGCAGCGGCGGGCUGACCGCAGCCUCCCCCAAUCCGGCCCAUCGUCGGGCCUCCGAGGGCGGGGCCGCACUCUACUACGGCGGACGCAAGACCGAGUGGGGUGCCGAGAACACGGAUGUGGCCAACAAGUUCCGCAAUUACGAGAUCUAAGCCCAAGCAGGAAACAGCAAAGAGCCAAGAGCUAAGAGUGCAGGAAGGAGUGUGUUAGAGGCCGAUUUGUGGCCGAUGGGGCGUUUCAAUUUAAAUAUACAUACAAUAUAUACAAGCAUAUAUAAAAUCAAAGAACGGAUCAGCAAGAUGAUCGAUGAGCAGAGAGAGCGAAAAGCAAAGCAAAGCAAAGCAAAGCAAAUUAUUCCAUAAUCGUUAUUGCAAUUAUAUCAAAAUAUUCAACAAGAACAAAACUUAUAAUCGAUGUGAGGUUAAUGCGUUGCAAACUACUCGUACUACAGAGCACAGAUACUCUCUAUUAUACAUACUCUUUACGAUACUCUUUAUAGGUGUACAAAAGAUAUAGAAAAAUGGUAAUAUAUAUUUAUGCGAAGAAACUGUAAUUUCAAUAAACGAGAAACGAGAAACGAGAAGCGUGUGCGGCAAAAAUUUUAAGUUAAACUUAGUCAAAUUUUAACGAUGAAUAUACAUGAAUAUAUUUACUAUAUACAACACAAUAUACAUACAUACAUAUGUAUGUAUACCUAUAUAUUUAUGUGAAACCGUGUAUUUGUAUAUCGAUGUUGAAUGUGUACCAUGUGCCCGUGCCCCCAAAGACAAUCCCUUUGAAAGACAUACUAAACUAUGACUAAAAUUAAACUGAAACUAAAACUAAAACUAAUACUAGUGAACACAGAGACACCCACCACAAAGCGAAAGCGAAAGCCGAACCGGAAACGAAUCCGGUCCACUACACACACACACAUGCAUAUAAAGCGCAAUUAAAGCGUAGUGGAAGGUACUUAUAAUGAAGCGAAUUUAAUCUUUAUACACAAGAAACUUGAAACAUUUGCAUAGUCAAAAGAACUUUCACUCGGUGUCCUUUCUUCUGCAACUCGAAUUGCAGCUAAACUCCACAACUGACAAACUAUUUUAUUUACUAGAAGAAAAAAACGAUACAUACAUAUAUCAGGAGAUAUGAAAACUACAACAAAAAAAACAACAAAAGAAAGAGAAAUUUAUAUAAAUGUUUUGACGGAUAGAGCGGUGAACUUUUCAACUUAUACGCAAAUAUACAAACCCCAGAAAAGGACAAAAGAAUUAAUGUCACAUUAUUGUACUAUUACUAUUAUGCCAAAGAGCAGAUAAGAAAACACACAUUCAUAAUCACUAAAUGUUGUUGCUGGAAUCAAAGGCAUUACAAAAACAGAAGCAUAUAUAUCUACAAUACACACACAUAUGGAUGUUUGUUUUAAGACAUACUUAUUGAAUUUAUUCAAAUACACACAUAUUGCGGAUAGAACAGACCCGAUCAGACCCGAAGAGUACGGACUCCCCUCAUCCCAUCGGGGAGUCCCAGCUACUAGCACAUCAUUAAUGUUGGUUAGAACUAAACUAAAAACAAAAAAGUUGACAAUUGUAAGCGGGGAAUGAGAUGAAUGCGUAAUGAAAUAAAGAACUUGGAAAGGGGUUCCCCAGUUUCUGGAGGGACCUCAGGCAA